AUGGCCAAGGAUACAAAAGUCAAGGAACAUAGAAAGCCCACUAUAAAGGAAGGUUCAAAGGCUCUUUCACCGAGGAAGGAUCUCAAUGGCAAACCAGCCAUCACUUUUGCGCCGUCCUCACCCACCGACACUACACCGAAGCCAAAGAAACGGAAGAGAGAAUCGAAGCCCGAUUUUACAGACGGUUUAGAUAGUAACCCCCCAAUAACAAGUUUCGGCAAUGACUCGUCCGCGAAGUCCACGAAAGAUGGCAAUUAUGAAAGCCAGAUCACGGAGAAGGAUACUCUUUCGACAGACAAGAAGAAAACGAGGCCCGAUAUCCCAAAGGCACUCGGACCCUCUCCUGGAUCAGAUGAAGGCUAUGAAGAUAUAGACAAUCGAGAUGGCAGUAACAAGAAUUCGAAGAAGCGCAAAAAUGAUACUGUGGGAAAGGUUGAAUCCGAAGCUGGCCAGACAAACGAAGAUCAUCCAGCCAAAAGCCGAAAGCAUAAAUAUGGGGAAACUCCUAAAGCACACCGUGAUGACGAUGACAAACAGGCUACGAAACAUGCUAAGAUCCUGCAGAAGUUUGAGAAAUCGAUAAGAGCCAAAAAGCCAGUAUCUGAUGAUGCAGAAAAAGAGAAAGAGGACAUCACAGCAGGCGAAAUUGGAAAUGCAGUUGUUGCUCAUGGCUUGGAGCCUCUUCCACAGCCAGAACCUGUCGCGGAGACGGGCGAAAAACCUACGUACUCGACAAUGCCUAAUUGGAUUACCAAUCCCGUUACAAAGUCCCCGUACCAGCGAGAUGAUGGAGCUCCUCUCGAGUUCGACAGUCUUAAACUUGACAAGGGCGUGAUUUCAAGACUCAAUAAACAUGGAUACAAGGAAGCAACUUUUGUACAAGCUACUGUUAUUCCACUUCUUAUUGACAACGCGCAUCGCCACAUAGGAGACAUUUGUGUCUCUGCCUCCACCGGAUCUGGAAAGACAUUGUCAUACGUGCUUCCGAUGGAUCAAUCGCUUCGGCGGGAAUCCAUGCCCAGAUUCCGUGGUCUUAUAGUCGUGCCUACGCGAGAACUAGUCAAGCAGGUCCGCGAGGCAUUCGAAGCCUGUGGAAGUAAUCUGCGCAUCGGCACUGCCAUUGGACAUGUUGCGUUGAAAGACGAACAGCAAAAAAUAAUUCGAUGGGACUCCGUGUACAGUCCAGGCAAAUACGAAGAGGACCAACAGAAGAUGAUGUCUACAGAUGAGUGGGCGAGUUUUGACCUUCUCAAAUAUAGAGAUGAGGUUGAACGCACCGGCGAGCUGUUGCCCCAUUAUGUCCCAGAACCGCGACCCAAUAUAGAUGUUCUCAUCUCUACACCAGGCCGGUUGGUGGAUCAUAUACGUCAAACAGAAGGCUUUACGCUUCGACACCUGCAAUGGCUGGUAGUGGAUGAAGCUGAUCGCUUGCUUAAUGAGAGUUUCCAAGAAUGGGUCUCUGUUCUGAUGGAGGCUUUGGAUAAAGAGAAGACUGCGAAUGUAGGUGGACCGGUCAUGGCUAAUAUUGGCCGCCCUUUACAGUCUGCGUACCCGAAGAAGGUUAUUUUGAGCGCGACUUUAACGAAUGAUAUUACCAAACUCAACUCGCUGCGCCUUGAUAACCCCAAGUUGGUUGCAAUUGGCUCGAGGGGCUUGGAAGCCGAUGUGGAAGGAACUAAUCAUGAAACCGAACAGUUUGUUCUGCCUCCUAAGCUGGUAGAACAUUUCGUACCAGUCGGUGACGGCUCUGAGAAACCGAUUCAUUUGAUGAAAUUAUUGUUACACGAGAUAAACAAGUCGAGUUGGAGCUCUAUAGCGACUCCGGCUUACACUUCCGAAAACAUCAGCAAAUCCGCCAAGAAUGAGUCUACCGACGACGAGACCAGCUCAGAUUCAGAUGAUACAAGCUCUUCUGGCGAUGACACCAGCAGCGCUGCCACGUCAGAUUCGGAGUCGGAGUCAGACUCUUCUUCGGAUACGACUUCUGAGACUAGUUCCGACAGCGAUACCGAUACCAGCUCCGAAUCCGAUACGGACACGUCUGUUGAUGAUAAGUCUUCAAUCAAGGACUUGCAAUCCAUAGAGAGAGGUGUCAAGUCGGUACUCAUAUUCACGAAAUCCACCGAGUCUGCAGCACGACUUUCUCACCUCCUGGGGCUUAUGAACCCAGCAUUGAAGGAUAAGAUGGGUACUAUCGUCAAAUCGAGCAACUCCUCCUCGUCUCGCAAGACUCUCAAAGAUUAUCGUGCGGGCAGAAUAAAUAUCAUAGUUGCCACCGAUCGCGCUUCUCGUGGCAUAGACUUUGUCGGCUUGGACGUUGUGAUCAACUACGACGUGCCGACCAGUCUGACCACGUAUGUCCACAGGGUUGGACGAACCGCUCGAGCGGGUAGAUCUGGCCAUGCAUGGAGUCUUGUGGAGCAUCGCGAAGGAUUGUGGUUCCAGAAGGUCAUAGUGAAAAGUGAUAAUGUUGUCCGGUCAGGGAAGGUCAUGAAAUAUAGCAAGUCUGAGAAAAACACCAAGGCGAUGAUUGCUGAAUAUACAGCGUCUCUUCAAGGAUUGGAGAAAGCUACCAAAGGGUGA